GAUGAUCAAUUUGCAGAGGUCAAGAUAUGGAGCUAACAAGUUUACUUCUUUGUCUGAAUCAUUGACUUCAUUGCAUUCUCUCUCAUCUUCUUUUCAUUCUCACCACUCUUCAUUCACGGCUAUAGAUAGUACGGUACUCCGUCGGGUUCUCGAACGCUGUAGAAUUUAUAAGGAUUUGAAAACCGCCUCUAAAACCCACGCAAAGGUUGUUGUACUCGGGUAUGCUACCUACCCAUCUCUUAUGGCGUCUCUGAUAUCAACCUAUGUUCGCUGUCACCAACCCCAUAUUGCCCAUCAUGUUUUUUCCUAUGUUUUGGAUGUAUUCAAUAUGAACUUAAUAAUUGAAAGCUUAAUGAAAGCCAGGGAAUGUGAUGCUGCCAAGAAGGUGUUUGUCAAAAUGCCUGUUAGAGAUGUGGUCUCGUGGAACACCAUGAUUGGAGGGUAUGUUAAAAACUCACGCUUUUUUGAUGCUUUGAGUUUGUUCCGGGGGAUGCUGAGUGCUAAGGUUGAGCCUGAUGGGUUUACCUUUGCUUCUGUGCUUACUGGGUGUGCACGCCUCGGGGCUCUUAGCAAUGCCACGUGGGUGCAUGGAUUGAUGGUUGAGAAAAGGAUUAAACUGAAUUAUAUAUUGAGUGCUGCAUUGAUUGACAUGUAUGCCAAGUGCGGUAGAAUUGAUGUUUCAAAGCGAGUUUUUGAUGGUGUUGUGCGUGAUCAUGUGUCUGUUUGGAAUGCUAUGAUUAAUGGGUUAGCAAUUCACGGGCUUGCUUUGGAUGCAACUGCAGUGUUUUCAAGGAUGGAGCAGGAAAAUGCUUUGCCGGAUUCUAUUACUUUUAUUGGGAUUUUGACGGCUUGUAGCCACUGUGGAUUAGUUGAAGAAGGUCGUGAGUACUUUGAUAUGAUGCAGAAUCGUUUCUUGAUUCGGCCGCAACUUGAGCAUUAUGGAACCAUGGUUGAUCUCUUGGGACGAGCAGGGCUCUUGGAAGAGGCCUAUGCGAUGAUUAAGGUGAUGCCUAUGGAGCCUGAUAUUGUUAUCUGGAGAGCACUUCUGAGUGCUUGUAGAACCCACAGAAAGAAAGAACUUGGUGAAGUUGCCAUUGCAAGUAUAUCCGGUCUUGAGAGUGGAGAUUUUGUCUUGCUGUCAAAUAUGUAUUGCUCUUUGAAGAACUGGGAUAAUGCUGAGAGAGUGAGACAGAUGAUGAAAAUGGGAGGAGUUCGUAAAAAGCGUGGUAAGAGUUGGAUUGAAUUAGGAGACAGCAUUCACCGAUUCAAUGCAGCUGAUCAGUCACAUGCUGAAAUGGAAGUAAUUUACGGAGUGCUGGAAGGCUUGAUACAAAGAGCUAAGUUGGAGGGCUUCACACCCUUGACGGAUCUGGUUUUGAUGGAUGUUUCUGAAGAGGAAAAGGAGGAAAAUUUAAAGUUUCAUAGCGAGAAGUUGGCCUUGGCCUAUGGAGUCCUGAAAAGUAGCCCUGGAACAAAAAUCCGGAUUUCAAAAAAUCUGCGUAUCUGCCAGGAUUGUCAUAAUUGGAUUAAGAUUGUGUCUAGAAUAUUAAACAGAGAGAUAAUUGUGAGAGAUCGCAUCCGUUUUCACCAAUUUGAAGGCGGGUUUUGCUCUUGUGGAGACUACUGGUAGCUAAGAGAGUUAAUUCUUGGUUGCAUUGUUGAUUAGCUAAUACCGGUUUAAUAUGAUCUAAGUGAGGUCUGACCUGGUUUGAAUUUUUUUGAACUAGUUCAGAACCGGGUCGAAUCUGACCUGA